UUUCAAUUUGUGAAAUUAAAUUAGAUAAAUAAGAUUGUGCACAAUGUCUGUACUAUUGGCAGAUAUUGAUGCUACUUGUGCUGCGCUAGGCGUGAGUGAUGGACAGAAAUAUCAAGCUGAUCCAUAUGCUGCUGAGGGCUUAAAGCAUUUGAUAUGGAUACUGCGUCGCGAUUUGGAUAAUCAUGAGUAUCGUCGUCAUCUGGGACGUGCCAAAGUGCUGCAAACAGAUUUGGUCUACAUGCUGCCCGACUAUCUGUCAGACGAAGAGCUGUCCGAUUUGCUUAUACGUCUGCUGGUUAUAUUGACCAAUCCCACAUUGUUGCUCUACCGCGAUGGACCGCCAAAUGAUAAUCAUGGACGCAAGGUGUUCCUGGAGCUGAUUGACAUACUGCAGGGCUACAAAGCGGCAUUUACACGCGAUAAAAUUUGGACAGCGCUCUUCGAGAAGCUCAAAAAGGCAUUAGAGAUAGCAUUUGCCAUACGCAGCGAGGAGCAGAAUCUGUUAAUAGAGCGUGUUCUGGUGCUGGUGCGCAAUGUGCUGCAAGUUCCAGCCAAUCCGGAGGCAGAAUGUCGUGCCGAUAACGAUGCCAGUCUGCAUGAUCAGGUUAUCUGGGCGCUGCAUCAAACUGGCAUGCUGGACCUGGUGCUGUUCAUUGUCUCCUCGCCGGAUGAGGAGCAGUUUCAUUUGCAUGCACUUGAAAUUAUUUGUUUGCUAUAUCGCGAGCAGACCUCUGAAUCUCUGGCGGAUGCUUCGCUCAAGCGCAGUCUGAGCGAAAAGCAGCGCGAUCAGCAGGAGCUGCUGGCAGCACGUCGACGUGAGCAGGCGCGACGUCAAGCGCGUCCGCCCACUGGGCGACACUCGCGCUUUGGCGGCACCUACGUCAUACGCAAUAUGAAAUCCGUGUCCGAUCGCGAUGUCAUUUGCCAUCAGCCGCUGCAGCGUGUCUCGGCCAUAGAUUUCGAUCGUCAGAAGCAGUCGCAGAAGCGUUCGCAUCGUCACAUUAAGGAGGAGGCGCAGGUGACGCGACGCAGCGCUUUUACCGUUAGAUUGUGCCUGCGCGAAUAUUGCAUUGAGGUGCUGCGCUCAGCUUACAACACGCUGGUGCGGCAGGUGCGACGUGUGCUGGAGCGCAAUGCCGGCUCGUCGAGUCACGAUGACUCGUAUCUAUUGUGGGCCAUACGAUUUUUCAUGGAGUUCAAUCGCUUGAGUGGUCUACAACUGCAGCUAGUGAGCGAAUCGCUGAGUGUGCAGUGCUUCCAUUGGGUGCUGACGCGCAUGCAACACGACAUGGACAUGAUGCAGUGCGACAAGAAGCAGGCGCGUCUCUGGGCCAAGCGACUGCAUGUGGCUCUAUUGACAUUCCGUGAAUUGCUGCAAAGUCUGCUGGCACUGCAGCAGCUAAAGGAGGAUGACAACGCGCGUGGACUCUUUGAUAUGUUACUCAACAAUGUCUGCUAUGUCCUGGAGUAUCGGGAGACAAUACUGCAUUUGUUAAUGAACUACAAUGAGGCGCAUAGCACCAAAGUUUAUUUGCGCGACGUUGUGGAGACAGCCAAUGUUUUUAUCAAAAUGAUGGAGCGCUUCUGUCAGGACUCGGUCGUUGUGCAGGACAAGCGACGCAUCAUCAAGAAGAAGAAGCAGCCAAAGUCUGCCAAGUCCAAGUUAACAGCACAGCCAACGGAGGAGGAGCUCUCCAGCAAAUGGGCCGGCAUGGCCGCCGAGGUGAGCGUGUUGCUUGAGGGCGAGCUGCCGCUGCGGGAGGAUAAACGGCCGCUGCCGUUCGAUGCGGCCGCAGAGAAGUCCAUCGAUGAUCAACGUGAGGAUUGCAUGAUGCGUAUAAAUAAAUUGCUGCGCAACGGAAAACUGGAGCAGGCCAUAGCGCUGCUGCGAGCUGCCAGGUGAGUUGGG